AUGAAAAUAUAUGGAUAUAUUUUUAGCAUCCUAUUCAUAGUGCCAAAUUUGGUGCUAAAUACAUGGGCCACUGAUCAUUUAGAUACUUGUAAACAGGGUGAAGUAGUGUUAACAAAAUUUUGGGAUAAACUAAACAAUAUUAAACAUGGGGAGAUAUUAUUUAUAAAUAUAAAAAAUUAUUAUUGUCCAGCAUGCAAUAGAUAUAUGGAUACAUGGAAUAAACUUGAAAGAGAUAUUUUAAAUUUUGAAACAAAUGUAUCUAUGUUUGUAUUCGACUGCUCAUGUACUAUAUUUCAUCCAUAUUGUCGAUUAUUUCAAAUAAAAUAUUUUCCUACAUUUCGAUUAUUAUACCCAAUAUAUGAUAAAAUAAAUGAUUCCCCUCAAUACAAAUAUUUACCACCUAAUACAAAAAUCGGAAAUAAAGUAUAUACAGGAAAUUUGCUACUUGCUUAUAAUGACGUUGAAAGAGUAAAUAAAUUAGAAGAAUUCCAAAUUUUAUUACAAACAUAUUUAUGCAAUAAUGUUAAUUUUAAUAACAUAGAUAUAAAAUCAUGUUACUAUGAUAUAUUGCCACCUGGAAUUGAUGACAAUGCAUCUAAUAAUUUUCCAUUCAGCGAAAUUUAUAAUAAUAGCAUUGGAAAUAGUGGUGAAACUGAAGAAGAAAGAGAAAAAACACGGUUACUAGAAAAAUGGAAUAAUAAUAUUAAUAAUAAAGAAUAUAUAAAGCAUGAUAUAAUAAAAGGAUUACUAUUUACAUUAAAAAAAAAUGUUUCACUAAGUGUUGACAUUAAUAAAGAAACUAUAGAACCAUAUAUUAAUAUGCUCCAAAUUGUAGAGCAAAUAUACCCAGAUUUAGCCCCCGCAUUAACCGCCAUUACAAACAAAUUAGAAUCUUUUAAUUAUCCUAUACCCCAUGCAGAAUGGGUUAAGCUAGUAAACAACGAACAUGAUGAUGAGGAAGCAUCUGUCUUCUUUAUUGAUGGAUAUAAUAUUGACGUAGAUAAUAUACAAAGAUUCAAAGUAUGUGAUAAUAAUUCAGUUUUAUGCACAUAUUGGUUAUUGUAUCACAAAAUAUCUAUAUACUGCUUAUUACAUGACAAAGAAGAAUAUAAUUAUUAUCUUGAAUCGAUUACCAAUUAUACAAGAAAUUAUUUAAAUUGUAGAAAUUGUGUUAGUCAUUUUCUUAAAGCUCAGAAAUUUUGUCAUUAUGGUUUUUGCAAUAUUCACUCAGCAGAAUCAUUUGUUAUAUUUUUAUGGAGAAUUCAUAAUUCCGUUACAUUAAGGACUACAUAUGAUCAUAUUAUUUCAGAUAUACGUUUAAACCUUUUAAGCAAAUCAAAACAAAUUAAAUUUUUGCACAAAGAUAUUGCUUUCCCCUCAGAAAAGCAAUGCAACUAUUGUAGAAAUAAUAUAGGAUUUACAAAAGUUACACCAAAUAGAAUAAAUGAAAUGCUAAAUGAUGUUCCAUAUUCUAGUAAAGAUUUCGAUGCAGUUGAUGCUUUUAAUAUUAGAUACAUACUACAAUAUUUGGUUGAUAUAUAUUCAUAG